AUGGAGCACACGCACGCCCACCUCGUGGCCAACAGCUCCCUGUCCUGGGCCCCCGGCUCGUCCUGCGGCUUGGGCUUCGUGCCUGUGGUCUACUACAGCUUCUUGCUGUGCCUCGGUUUACCAGCAAACACCCUGACAGUGAUCAUCCUUUCUCAGCUGGUGGCUAGAAGGCAGAAGUCCUCCUACAACUAUCUCUUGGCACUUGCUGCUGCUGACAUCUUGGUCCUCUUUUUCAUCGUGUUUGUGGACUUCCUCUUGGAAGAUUUCAUCUUGAACAUGCAGAUGCCUCAGGUCCCCAACAAGAUCAUAGAAGUGCUGGAAUUCUCAUCCAUCCACACAUCCAUUUGGAUUACUGUCCCAUUAACAAUCGACAGGUACAUUGCUGUCUGCCACCCGCUCAAAUACCAUACCGUCUCCUACCCAGCCCGCACCCGGAAAGUCAUCAUUAGCGUUUACAUCACCUGCUUCCUGACUAGCAUCCCUUACUACUGGUGGCCCAAUAUCUGGACUGAAGACUAUAUCAGUACUUCCAUGCAUCAUGUCCUUAUCUGGAUUCACUGCUUCACCGUGUACCUGGUGCCCUGUUCCAUCUUCUUCAUCUUGAACUCAAUCAUUGUGUACAAGCUCAGGAGAAAGAGCAAUUUUCGCCUCCGGGGCUACUCCACAGGGAAAACCACUGCCAUCUUGUUCACCAUUACCUCCAUCUUUGCCACCCUCUGGGCUCCCCGCAUCAUCAUGAUCCUCUACCACCUCUACGGGGCACCCAUUCAGAACCGCUGGCUGGUGCACAUCAUGUCCGACAUCGCCAACAUGCUGGCCCUUCUGAACACCGCCAUCAACUUCUUCCUCUACUGUUUCAUCAGCAAGCGGUUCCGCACCAUGGCAGCUGCCACACUCAAGGCCUUCUUCAAGUGCCAGAAGCAGCCUGUACAGUUCUACACCAACCAUAACUUUUCCAUAACAAGUAGCCCCUGGAUCUCGCCAGCCAACUCACACUGUAUCAAGAUGCUGGUGUACCAGUAUGACAAGAAUGGAAAGCCUAUAAAAGUAUCUCCGUGACCCCAGUGAUUCAGCACCUAGUGCCUCUGUCUAGCCCAUUUCCAGAUGGGAGGGCAUCCCAUCCGACAGCUGAAGAGCAAUCAAGAGUGUUCACCUGAUUCCCUGUUUCCACAGCCUGAACACCUGUCAGACUGGUAGAUAAGGAAAGAUGGGAGUGCAGAGAGGAAAGCAGAAGUCUUCUUUUUAGUGAUGUAUUUAUUUUCCCAACCGUCAAGUUGACAACAAAAACUCCCUACCAGUUUGAAGAGGACAUCCGAGGUGGUGCCAUCACCCCGUGGCUAGGAAGGACAUGCAGUAGAGAAGUCGUUUGCAACUUAGCCCUGGAACUACCCACCAUCUGGGAACCAUUUCCUGUGGCACACCAUGCAUGCCACAGGAGCACGUAGCUGAGUCUGCACUCUUCUUCCAAGAGCCAAGGUCAUUCAUCACU